AAAAAGCUAAUUGAACAAGAUGCAGUUUAUCAAGCAAAAAGAGAAAAGGAAAACUGCAAGAAAAUAAACAAACUGAAGGAGGAGCUAACAAAACUCAAAUCAUUCACUUUAAUGGUAGUGGAUGAACAACAACGAUUAACGGAAGAGCUGAGCCAGCAAACUCAACAAAUCCAGAAUUUAACCACCACUGCAGAACAAGCACAUGAAAAACUCUCCAUUGCAGAAUCAAAAGCCCAAGAACAGGAGCAGAAAGCUCUCAGGUUGGAAGAAGAACUUCAAGCACAAAUUAGAAAGAUAUCUCAAGAACAGGAAGCUACAAUGGCCAAAUUAACCAAUGAAGAGAGCCAAAAUCGUCAGCUCCGCUUAAAAUUAACAGUUCUUAGUCGACAGAUUGAUGAACUUGAAGAAACUAACAAGUCCUUAAGAAAGGCAGAAGAAGAACUGCAAGAUCUAAGAGAGAAAAUCAACAGAGGGGAAUGUGGAAACUCUACCCUUAUGUCUGAAGUGGAGGUGCUCCGGAAAAGAGUCCUAGAGAUGGAAGGAAAAGAUGAGGAACUCAUAAAACUGGAAGAGCAAUGCCGAGAACUUCAUAAGAGGCUAGAAAAAGAAGUCACACAAAGUAAAAAUUUUAAAGUAGAAGUUGAUAAACUCAACAAGAGAAUUAUGGAGCUUGAUAAACUGGAGGAUGCUUUCAGCAAGAGCAAGCAGGAAUGCUGCUCUUUAAAAUGUAACCUAGAAAAAGAAAAAAUGUUAACAAAGCAGCUAUCACAGGAACUCGAUGGCCUAAAAGUUCGCAUAGGAGAGCUUGAAACCACUGAGAAUAAAUUAGAAAAAACAGAGUUCACGCUUAAGGAAGAUUUGUCUAAACUGAAAUCAUUAACUGUAAUGCUUGUAGAUGAGAGGAAAACAAUGAAUGAAAAAAUAAAGCAAACAGAAGAAAAGGUACAGACUGCAAAUUUACAGCUUCAGUUGGAACAAAAAAAAGUUAUGUCAGUCACAGAAAAAUUGAUUGAAGAGAGUAAGAAAGCAUUAAAAUUUAAAAAUGAUGCUGAGGAAAAAAUGUCCAACCUCACAAGGGAGAGAGAUGAAUUGAAAAACAAACUGAAAACAGAGGAGGAGAAAGGAAAUGAUCUCUCAUCUAAGAUGAAUCUGCUAAGAAAAAAGCUUCAGUCCUUGGAAGCCAUAGAAAAAGAAUUUCUUAAAAAUAAACUUAAGGAGACAACAAAACCUAACCCAACUUUCCAGCAAGAAAACAACAAGAUUAAAGAACUAGUCCAGGAAAUUGAGAAGCUGAAACAUAAACUUAAAGAAAUGAAGGCCAUAGAAGAUGAUCUCAUGAAAACUGAAGAUGAAUUUGAAUCUUUAGAACGCAGAUAUGUUAAUGAACAAGACAAAGCCAGAUUUUUAUCAGAGGAACUUGAGAUAGUAAAGAGAGAACUGGCACGGUAUAAGUUAGCAGAAAAGACAGAAUGCAACCACGAGCAGAGAUUAUUCAGAAAACUCAAGGAAGAAACAGCCAAGUCAGGUCAUCUUUCAAGGGAAGUAGAUGCACUGAAAGAGAAAAUCCAUGAAUAUAUGGCAACAGAAGAUUUAAUAUGUCAUUUAAGAGAAGACCACAGAAUCUUGCAAAAGAAACUUACUCACCAAGAAAAUAAAAACAAAGAAUUAGGCAGAGAAAUGGAAACCCUUAACAAAGAACUGGAGAGGUACAGACAUUUCAGUAAAAGCCUCAGACCAAGUCUCAAUGGAAGGAGAAUUUCUGACUUACAAGUUGCCUCCAAGGAAGUCCAAACAGAACCAGUUGACAAUGAACCACCUGAUUACAAGAGUCUAGUUCCUUUGGAAAGGGCUGUCAUAAAUGGACAUUUAUAUGAAGAAAGUGAUGAUGAUGAUGAUGGUGAUGAUGAUGAUGAUGAUGAUGAACCAAUGGUUUCCUUCAAGUGCAAUUCUUCUGUUGCAAAUGUAGUAAAUAACAGCAAACUUUGGAUCCCCUGGAUGAAGUCCAAAGAAAGCCACAUUCAAAAUGGAAGAAUUUAUGCCAAGCAGAACGGGAAUUGUAUUCAGCCUGGAAAUUUAGUUUUAAGCCACACACCAGGCCAGCCUCUUCAUAUAAAGGUUACUCCAGAUCAUGAGCAAAACACAGCCAUGCUUGAAAUAACAAGCCCAACUUCAGAGAGUUCUCACUCCUUUACUAGUACAGCUGUAAUACCCAAUUGUGGCACUUCAAAGCAAAGGAUAACUAUAAUUCAAAAUGAAUCAUUAACUCCUAUAAAAUCUAAAGUACCUGAUGGCUACUCAAGUCAAGAGCAAGCCAUUGCACCUCUUACCGUGACCACUUUUGCUAGAUCUCAAGCACCUGAAUUAUGUGGUUCUGUAAUAUCUGAAAGAACAAUGUCUCCUUUGGCUUUGACAACUGCAAGUUCCCCUGAGCGGUUACUUUCACCAGAGCCCCUGGAAGUGGCUGACAAGCAUACUGUUUUUAAAGUAUCCCCUGAAAGGCAAUCAUCUUGGCAGUUUCAAAGAUCUAACAGUUCUAGCUCUAGUGUAAUAACUACUGAGGAUAAUAAAAUACAUAUUCAUUUAGGAAAUCCUUAUGCACAAGGUAUUCCUAAUUCUGUAAAAAACAGUAACCCUUGCAUUCCCAUGCAGGAUAACAGAACUCCUAAUGGAACACCAAGUAAAUCUAUCAACAAAAUCACCAGCAGCAUCACUAUUACACCAACAGCAACUACUCUCCCCCGACAGUCACAAAUUACAGUAAGUAGUGUCUACCACUGACUUUUCCUCGUUCUGCUGACAUACAUAUCACUAUCGCAAAUGUAUGCUUUCCUUCCCAGGAAGACUAUUUUUGGGACAAUCUUAAUGAGAAUUUGGGGCAAGUUCUUUGCAUGUGUCAAUAAGAGCAUACAAAACUAACUUGCUGGUUUGUCUCUUUAAUCACAUGAAUUGUGCACUUAUUGUAUUAUCUGUUCAAUUAAGUAUAUUUUCUGUUAGAUACUUAGACUUGCACCUGUAUAAAUGCAACUUUAUGUAUUUAUAUUUUUAAUAUUGACAUUAUUUUAGCCUGCAAUUAUUUCACUGAAACAUUUUAACAUUAUAAAACAGUAAAUAUUUUUUUAA